AUGGCUUCUAAUACGCUCCCUUUGGGUGGUCCGCCACCUACAACGAACAGCGCUCCCCCUGGUGCCAGCAACGUACAGACAGCCGCCAGCAACACCUCUAGGGCUGCUGCCAACCCGCAAUCUGCUCCUCAGGGCCAACGCAAAACCAAGGCCCCAUCUGCCGCUAAGUCUGAGGAGAAAGUUGAACUCCUGACAGAUCCUAUGCUGCGACGCCUUGAAGCGGCGGUUGCAAAUCAUGUUCGCACAGAUACCAGCCUCGAGGGUUUAGGCGUCAAGCCUGAGGACUAUGAGAUAGAUGAGAACCUGCUCGUCGGCAUCUGGUCAGGUCCAGAAACCGCUCUCGAUGAGGUUGAAGAUCGCUCUGGCAGAAAGAAGAGAGUCAAGCUCGGCCCAGCCUAUGCCAGUGCCAAGUUCGGGGGUAAAGAUCUUUACAAACCCAAUGACGAGAUGGAUCAACUUGUUCUCAGUCUCAAGCACACAAACUUUGACAUCAUCACAGCUCUCUGUCGCAACCUCGAACUUGCUAUUGAGAUCGGCAAGCAUCUCCCUCCCAAGGACAUUGUCAAUCUCUACAUAGCCAGCGCUGCGUUUCGCAAAGCAGUCAAAGGCCACAUGCUCUCAUGCAUCCGUGCGUGGGUUGACAACAAAGCACCCGAUGCCGGAGAGGUCUUCCACUGGAAACUCUAUGGCACGGUGCUGAUGAGAGAUCCCAUCGGUCGCACGUCCGACGCGGAUGAUGCCCGCAACCUCGAGGGCCGCUGGGAGACUGCGAAAACUAACCCAGACAAGAUCCGCCUCAUCCCUGGCUUCAAAUAUCUUCAACUCGUCCUCGGCCGUGAUCAAUAUUGCCGCGAGAUCCUAGCCAUGAUGGCCCGUAUGGGCUUUCUUAUGCCCAAAACAAUGUACAGCACCUUGCUGCGACUCUGGCUUCUCCUCGAGAUCUCCACCAGUCGCCAGAGGCAGCUCUUCCUGCGCAACCAGGAUUACUGGACCGAUGAUCACCUCUACAACGUGCAGUUCUUUCUUGUCAAACUCAGCAUGGCGUUCACACACCCUUACUUCCACCCUCACAACAUCGACAUGGUCCGGCUCAUGAUGGGCCAGAAGGGAUUGUUUCCUCUCUGGCAGUUGCUCAUGCGACAAAAGUACACGACCAUCUCGGAAAUCAUGACACUCAAGGCCCGCUACGAUUUACGACUCUCCCGAACAGUCUGGCGUGGAAUCCAGAAAAACAAAUGGACCACAGCUUAUGGUGUCCCUAUCAGAGAGAUUGCCCUAGGCCACCGUGAAGGUUGGGGUAAAGGCUUGCGUCAUCUUGGACGCCCUGAUGAGCUCAUUCCUGUUGAAGCCGUCGUGCGUGGCCUCUACCUCGAUGAUCAUAUCACUCAGAUGAUGGUCUGGGGAUACAUCGACUUCGAGACAGGAGAGAACAUUGUGCCUACCGAAGAGGACAUCUAUAUCUCAGACGAAGAGGAAAAGCUGGGCAAUACUGACAGGACCCAUUAUUGGCAGCGCAAGCACGCUCUCAAGAAGCGUUGGGCUGAGCUCACACCUGAGCAGCAGCAGGAGAUCAAAGAUGAUGACAAUGACGAACAUCUACGCGCCAUGGCUUGGUCGUCAGCCGACAACUACAACUUUCGUGGAGAAUGGGAAAGUGAGUCUGAGGCCGAGAGCGAAGGCGAAUACGACCUCAAUGCCGAGAUCGAUCGUGGAUAUCGCAUGCCUGCUGCGCCCAAGAAAAAGUCUACCGCUGCCAACAUAGUGGACAGCAACAACAACAACAACAACAACAACAACAACAACAACACGAGUGAUGUCAGUAUGGAUGCCGAUAGCAUCCCGGGCCUCUAUGGUGAGGAUCUCUAUGAAGAGGAUACAGAAGCCUGGCAGACUCUGUACACGACUUUCGCUCGAAACUCUUUCCCCGAAGUGACUCCAGAAGAAGUCCAGCGAGCCAAAGCUUGGACGAACUGGUUGUCUAGUGGAAGAGUUGGCACUCCACCCCACGAAAGUUCAUCCAACAAUCCAGAGCCAGGUGCCGCGGGUGCUGAAAGCUUGGCUGACCAAUUCCAAGCCGUGGUGAACGGCGAUGAGGGUGAUGAGGGUGAUGAAGAUGAUGAGGAUGACGAGGAUGACGAGGGUGACGAGGAUGGUGACGAGGAUGAGGGCGUUGAGGGCGCUGAAGGCCUUUGGUACGGUUGGGGCAAUGAUUGGUAUGGCAACUGA